CACUUUUUAAAUGAUUAGUUCAAUGUAAGCAUAAACCAAACAAGUCCUUACCCCGACACGAAAACUAAUUAUUGUUUUUGUUUCGUUUCCUGAUUCUGUGUUGGCGCAUUUUGGCUCUGGAUUUCAAUGGAUGAAGGGUUCACAACGAUUGACGGGUCGUCAAGCGAUGGAUUGGGCUCAUUACAGCCGUCCAUUAUCCCCUCAAACGUCCCUUUACUGUCCGCUUUUCUCGCCUUUUCUCUCGCCCAGUUCCUCAAGCUCUUCACCACCUGGUACAAGGAGAAGAGAUGGGACCCGAGAAGAUUGGUUAGAUCAGGUGGAAUGCCGUCAUCCCAUUCAGCAACUGUGAGUGCUCUUGCUGUUGCUAUAGGUUUUCAAGAAGGGAGUGGAGGAUCAGCAUUUGCUGUUGCUGUGGUUUUGGCAUUUAUAGUAAUGUUUGAUGCUUCUGGUGUACGGCUUCAUGCUGGUCGUCAAGCUGAAUUACUAAAUCAAAUUGUAUGCGAGUUACCUCCUGAACACCCUGUCUCCAGUGUUAGACCUCUACGAGAUUCGCUUGGUCAUACUCCAGUUCAGGUUGACCUUGGGCUCGGGCUGCUACCCCGAGAAAAGGCAUGGAGGCCCGAGGGAAAAAGGAUCUGCGUAGUCACCCAAGGGGUAAAGAGGCCGACGGAGACGUCGGCUGCGGAAGCGUGGUGGUGUGUCAGGAUCCCACAUUAGAAAGAAAGACGGUUGCUGGUGGUGCUAUUCUGGGAUGUUUAGUAGCAUACCUAAUGAGAACUUAGAAGGGAUGAUGUAGAUGUGUAGUCAAGAGCAAUUCUUUAACAACUGUAAUCAUUAAUUAACAUGUACUACAUUUGAUGUUGUUGCAAGCUUUCCUGCUCAUGUAACGCAGCAAACUAAAUCGAGAAUAUCCACGUUCCUGGAGGGCUGUUGCUAAUGUAAAUUGCCUGUGAUAUUCAUCAGAAGUCAGGAUACUUCAGUAAAUAAUAUAUUUAACCAUUGCUUGUA